AUGGUGUCCUCCAUGAGCUUUGGUCUUCCAAAGACACGGAAGAAGCCUCCUGCUGCAGUAGCUGCUGGUGCAAAUGGAGGGAAUGCUCUUGUGGCUCAGGAGGAACCAGCUUGGGAUCGGAUCGAUGGCAUGGUGAUGCUGACUGUUGGGGAUCAGCAAGAACUGGUGGAAGUGGAUCCAGAAAUGGGUCCCAGAGUGUACACCUACCACGGCGAAAUGAGCUUCUUCAGCCUCAAGAACUUGGUGUCUAGCAGCACUUUAGAGGUUCCGCAGAAGCAAUGGAAGGACUACACUUCCUCAGAAAAAAAAGUGGCUUGCUACAUGGCCGCAAAGCAGAACCAGAGCCUCCGUGCUUUUGCAAACCAAGCAUCCGUUGAGGAGUUGCUUGCAAAGCAAGAGGAGGCCAAGAAAGCCGAGGAGGCUUUGAUCAAGCAGCUGGAUGAAAGAUGUGAGGCCGAGCGGAAGAAAGCCUCGAUCAGCUGGAGUCCGGUUCCUUUGGAAGCGGUCACUGAAAAGCAUAAGAAGAAAUCACCUGGAAUGUUUUAUGGCUUGGAAUUUCCCUGGACUGCUCAAAUGUUGCAGGAUUUCGGAGCGAAAUGGCUUACUGAAGCCUUCCAUCGAGCAGGGUCUUUGGAAAGCACCAACCGAGUGACAUCCUUGAAAGUUGAGGAUACGAAGGUCACUGGUGGAAACAAUGCAGGGAAGUUCCUUCUCACCGUGAGGUACGCCAAAGAGCGAGAGAGCCUGCACACAAAGCUGUUUGCCAAGGUUCCCUUCCCAAUGACGAAGGAAACAAAGCAGGACCGGCUGAGCAGCUCUGUCCUGAAGCAGCCCAUGGAUUUCUGCGAGAUCAAUACAUACAGGUUGGCCGAGACAAAGCUCCCGACCCAAACUCCUAAGUUUUACUAUGGAGACAUCAGCAAUGAAACCACCAACUACAUCAUCAUCACCGAAAGAGUGCCUUUUGUGGGCAUGGGUGGCAGGAAAAAGGCGCACUUGAAGCCGUACGAGGUGGAGGGGCCCUACGACAAAUGCAAGGAUUACGAGCUGCGUGGUGAUCCCAAAGAGUAUUAUUCCCUCAUCAUGGAGGUGAGCGGCAGAAUUGCUGGUGCUGAUAAGUCGGGAAGGAUGGGCACGAAGGACUUUGUGCUGCACAACUUCCCGACGCUUCGCGCUCCACCUGGUGACAUGAGGGCAUGGGGUGCAAAUCCAACUGGUCCAUCAGGAAGUGCACCUCAGGCAAGGCAGUCACAGCUCAGAAUUGGUAUCCAGUUCUUCUCGCAGACAGUGGCACAUUUUUUUCCUUCCUAUGCCGUCAAGCAGGAGUUCAUUGACAAGUUCACUGAUACGUUGAUGAAAUUCUCCGCAUACAUGAUGGAGAUUGAAUGCUGGAAACACGAGGAUUUGAAUUACGUGGCAUUGUCGCAUGCGAAUUUGAACGUGGACAAUGCUUACUACUGGCGGGAUGAGGCCGGAAAGCUGUGCUGUGGCGUGCUGGAUUGGGGUGGCUUUGGUCAAAGUUGCUUGGGCCACAAACUCUGGUGGUACUUCAAUUGCUCCGAGUUCGAGCUUCUCAAGGAUCAUUUUGAGCACUUCUUGAAGACCUUCAUUGACUCGUAUCAUGAGUCUGGUGGUCCCAAGUUGGAUCUUCAGACCCUGGAAAGAAUGGUGAAACUCACCUGUUUGCAGAACCUCUCCGUGAUGGUUGCUGCUGUGCCAGAUUGUUUGCGGCAGAUUCCUGCUCAGGACUGGGCCUCUGUGAAGGAUCGCAAAGAUUGGCGGAUCGACGACAAUCUUGGGGACAAGAGCACCUUGAGGACAACUCUCCGUUCCAUGGACAAUGGCUUGAGAAUGAUCGAGGAGAUUGGAAUCGACCGAGACUUGCAGUGGUUCAUCGACGAGAUUUGGGUCAAGAAAUAUCACCAGGAGCCAAAAACCAGAGCAAUGAUCUUUGGAGAAGACUGAGCCACAGCCGUGGAGUUUUUUCUGCAAAUCCUGCUGCAAGAUGCAGCUGUGAGAUGCAGGGUCAGUGCCAAGCCCGCAGUCUUCCUUCAUCGGACCGUUUGUUGCGAUUCAUGG